UUCGCCUCCCAUACAUCGACCAAUCACGUUGCAUUCCAUUUUUGAAAAGUUUUCUGUGUGAAUUUUUACCGUACCGGUGUUUUUUUUUGUAAGAAAAUAUUCACGAUGGUGCGGUGGGGAUCCGUGGUGGCGCUGUGCGCGCUUGUAGCCUGCGCAAUGGCAGCUGAUUCUUCGUCCAGAUUGCAACAAAGAAAGCGAUCUAGAAAUGCGGACCUCAAUCCUGGUCAGCAAGCAGAGGUGGAUGAGAUGGUGCACAACCUGCUUCAUUGGAUACAAAAUUUAUAUCAACAGAAGACUAGGAAAGCUCGCCAAUACUUUGGAGGAAAACCUGAGAAGCCAAGACCUUUCGAACCUGCAAGUUAUUUACCGCCAGCAACUGGUUAUCCACCAGCAGGUUCUCGCCCUACGCCAUCUUACAGUGAAGGACCCGCACCUACCAAUCCACCUUACCAACCCAGUCCAUCCCAGCCACCUUACCAACCUAGCCCUUCUCAACCACCUUACCAACCCAGUCCCUCUCAACCACCCUUCCAAUCGAGUCCCACCCAACCACCCUACCAACCAUCCCAACCAGAUCAACCUUAUCAACCCCAAACACCAACUUACCAACCAUUCCCAGGUUAUCCUCCCAGUCAACCAACUCAACCACCUUAUCAACCUAGUCAACCACCAACAUACCAACCUAGCCAACCAAGUGGGACAUACCCAAGCCCACCAACGGUGCAGCCGACUUACCGACCAAGUCAACCAAGCCAGCCGCCAACUUACCAACCAGAUCAGCCGUCCUACCAACCCGACGAGCCGUCAUACCAACCAUCUCAGCCAAGCUACAAACCUAGUCAGCCGACGUUUCCGCCAUACCAACCUAGUCAACCAAGUACCCCUGACAUCGAUACUCUACCACCUUACCGACCUACAGGCGAAACUGAAUCAUCUAAUACCGUGACUCAAGGAACUUCAGGUGAUGACGACGACCGCCAUCCUCCCCAUAUACACGCUAUCACUGUUGACUGUGGCAAAGAAAUGAUGACAAUUAACAUAGAAUUCAAUAAAGUUUAUAACGGAAUCAUUUAUUCUCAAGAUCAUUACAACGAACCCGAAUGCGUUUACGUUAGAGAGAAUUCAAACCAAGUGAAAUAUUCUUUCACAGUGAGUUUAAAUACUUGCGGAACAAGAUUUUACAGCGAUUUUGAGAACGAAGGACAAGCGUAUUUAGAAAAUGUUUUGGUAUUGCAAAACGAACCUGGUAUCCAAGAAGUGUGGGAUCAUAUUAGAAGAGUUAGAUGUUUGUGGGAAGGGAAUCUUACAAAACAACUAGUAUCAUCAUUGAGCGUAGGAAUGCUGAAUCAAAUUACAAGUAACUUUAGUGGUGAUACUGCAAUGGCUCGAUUGGACAUCCAAAUGGGACGAGGUCCAUUCGCACGCGAAGCCAAUGGUCUCGUCAAAAUCGGAGAAAUCAUGACAUUGGUCGUCACUGUAACUGGUGACCCAGGCUUUGAUAUUUUUGUUCGUGAAUGUAUUGCAAGAGAUUCUGAAAUGCGUCAUGUAGUUCCAUUGACUGAUAGCAAUGGUUGUGUACUGAAACCUAAACUUUUCGGUGCGUUCCAGAAAACUAGAGAAACAGGAAAUACAGGAGCUUCAAUAAUCGCCUAUGCAUUCUUCAACGCCUUUAAAUUCCCUGAUGAAAUGGAUUUGAUUAUCCAAUGUGAUGUUGAGCUGUGUAAAACUGAUUGUGAGGUAUGUCCCAAUCCUGGCAGCAUAGAACCUAGAAGGAAAAGACGAGAUAUUAUUCACUUAGGCAAUAGAACUGCGGAGCCUGUCACAACAAUUGGAAAAGGUUUAAGAGUGGUGUUCGCGGAGGACUUACCGUCUGAGAACAAUAACGGUUUCUGCAUGUCACCUUCCGCUGCUUUGUGGGGCGGGAUUUUAGUACUUGUCGGAUCUUUGAUGAGUAGCCUUCUGGUUUCAUACUGUUGGCAACGAUCCCGUGCUUCUAAGAUUGCGUAAUAUUAGAUUAUAGUAAAUGAUAUUAUACUGCCAUCAUUAUUAAGAUCGAGUUUGAAGGAUAUUUCUUCAGUUAAAAUUUAAGUUUUGUUUCAAGUUUUGUGACAUUGUGAUAAAGGUUUCUUUCGUUUUGUUUUGUUAGCUCUAUUUGAACAAAGCGUGUAAUAUUUUUACCUACUUUAUGAAUACCUAUUUACUAUUAUACAUACUCCCUUAACUGUAAGAUAUCUCUCAAAUUAUCUUUAUUUAUAUUAUUUUCUUAGCCCUGUUCUACUGAGCAAAAUCGUCCCUUUUCGUCUUCCUUUUCGUUUUCACAGCGAUAUUUUUCUUUAUUAUUUAUCAUUUUGUCACGUAACUUAAAUAAUAAUUUAAGAUAAAAGCUUUGUAAUUUAUAGAUAGAAUACCAGUAUCAUGCUAGAUUUAAAUAAUAUCGACACUGCCAAUAUACUGCUUAUAAAAUAGUAAUUUUAAUUCCAACUUCGCUUAUCACUCAAUUGUUUUUGACUUUAUGUAAGAAUGAAUAUUGUAAGAUCAAACUACGUUGUAGAGUUUACAUAAGAAAUAGAGAAAGCCUAAAUUAGAACUUCUGUACAUAGUAGCAUUAGAAAAAAUCAUAAAUGUAAAAAAUUAUUAUCAUCAUCAACCCAAUUUAUG